UCGCUGCAGGCCGCCGCGCUCAGGGGCUUGGAGCUCGCGGCGCUGCGCCAGACUGUUCUCUCGGCGGUCCCUGCGUGCCCACCCGUGUCGCUGGCCUGCCCGCCAGCGAACCUCUCUUGUCCUGUGGCGGCGUGCCCGCCUCCAAUUUGCCCGCCACCCGUGGUCAACAUCAACUGCCCGUCUCAGGAGGGCGGCUCGGUGAUCGUGGACAAGAGGCGCGUCGUCGAGGCUGGCAUAUGCGGCUGGGUCCUGGGCGGCAUUGCUGGAGCGGCCGCCGCUGGCUUGGUGGCUCGGCAAGGUGAUUUCAUUCUCAUCCGAUACGAUCUUCCUGGGGCUCCUCUGUUCCACGAGCGCGUGGUCACUGGAGUGGGCCAGUCGGUGCCUGGUCUUUUCGCCGCACUCACGGCGGACGGCGACCAUUUCGCCGAGGAGACCAGGAGUGACGACGUGGCGGAGUUCCGCUGGUCUGGAGCGCAGGGCGCGACGCCUCCGGGAGUGGGCGCCCGACAGGUCUAUCGCUUCAGAGCCAUGCCCUCGGACGCGGAGCUGGAGCAGCUAAAGAGGGACGGCGUGCGGCGCGCUGCUGGUGGGUGGCCCCCCCCCGCUGCGCCUGGGCCUCUUGUGCCUGCAGGCGGCGCGGCUGUGCCAGCUGCGGCGCCCGCCCCCGCGGCCUGGCAGGGUGGAGAGGCUGGAGUGGUCGGCCGCGCUGGAGCGGCGCCCCCGAUCGCGGCUGCCGCGCCUGCCGCUUGGCUGGCCACCGAGGACUUCCGCGGGCUGCGGCGAGGAGAGCGUCUUCCUGACCCGCUGCCGCCGAACGCAGAGGUACACGGAGACGUCGCACUGGUCCCCGUUCAGGGUGGAUGGGUCACGGCACGCCUGGUGCCCGCGGCCGAGAUCGACGCUCUCGUCAUCGACGAUCUCAGGGUGCUGCUUGCGAAGUUCAGUCAGGAGGGAGCCGGGCGCCGCCCGUUCACGGAGGCCGUGGACCUGCAGGUUGCUGACGAGCCCGAGGGAGAUGGCGACCGCUCGAUCCACGAGCAUGAGGUUUUCUGCCGGGUUCUGGAGCCCAUGAUCAGCGUCGACCAGCUCAACGCCCCCGCGCUCCAGAGCGCCGAGCUGGUGUGCCGUCGCCUUCGGGUGAUCGAGGACGCGCGCGCUGUGUCUCCGUCGGCGCCAGACUACUCCGCCGCCGACGAGAACAUGGGGUGGUCUGCUCACCGCGGUGGCUCGGCGGUCGCCCCCGCCCUCCGGGAGCGCGCGGCGGCCAACCUGCGAGACAAGGCCGCUGUGAUCCAGGGGGGCCAGGAAGACAUCCCAGAAGUGGAUGCGGCUGCGCCUGCGGUUGAGACGGUGCUCGACCCGAUCGGGAGGGACUACGCGCUGGAUUAUGAGAGUAGGAUGAUGCUCGCGUCUGACGAGUGGCCCAGGGCCCUCGACUCCGAGCCGCCCGUCACCCCGUACAUGGACGAGGUUUUGAAGAGUGAUCCUGACGCCUGCCACCUGUUCAUCUCUGACCUGGUGAAGGCCAACAUGCUGGGCUUCACGUUUCACCCAAAGAAUUUGGCGACGCCCUCCUUCGUGGCGAAGAAGAGCGGUGCCCAGCGGCUCGUCUGGGGCGCGCGGGUGCCGAACAGGAGGUUUCGCGCCCCGCCUUCUCUGUCGAUGGGGGCGUCUGCCGCUUAUGGGCGCCUCCACUUGCCUGGGGAUCGCGACGACGCGGGAGUUGAUACAACCAGGCUCUACAGCGCCCAGGUCGACGUCAGGAACUACUUUUACGCGCUCGGUCUCCCCACUGAGAUUGGGCUCUACUUCUCGUUGCCGCCCGUCUCCCGGGCCGCGUU